AUGUACAUGAGGAAGGUGUGGAGUAUGGAUGUUCAGUUGGACCAGCAUGUGGGUUCACAUUGCCAACGAGGGGUUAGCAGUAAAAUUCUUCGUGAGCCAGACACAAGCUGCAACAAGAAAGGAAAAGCUGAUUUAAGUGAAAAUUGGAAAAUAAUUAGUUUUGUUGUUGAACUGAUCAACAUUGUUGUAGCAACUUUUUCAACGGGCGCUGACUAUAAAUGUAUACAGUUUAAUAAUGUAGUAGAGUCAGAAAACGACAUACCAUAUGGGUAUGGCUUUUUCCAUUUUGUCUUCGCUAUUAGGUUCCAUGUAUUUUGGCAUGUUGUUUCUCGGCUGGGACACACAUCAUGCAUCAGAAAAUUUGCAUCUCACCUCAGGUGGAGUAUGGAUGUCAGUUGGACCAGCAAGUGCCAACGAGGGGCUAGAGCAGUAAUAUUCUUCGUAGCAAUAGUCCUUUCAAGAAUAUUUGGAACAGGCUGGCUCCGGCAGUUCCUUGGGCAGAUGUUCGGAAUAGGCAGCCAGCAACAUGGUGACCAAUCUCAUGCCACAGAGACGGACACUGGACGGCCACCUUCUUGGUUACCCCCAACGACGACCACAGAGCUCCACAUUGACCUCUCGAGCACAAAUGACGCUAGACCAGCCCCUCAAACGUCUGUAUUAUUUGAAAUUGAAGAGAUAUAA